AUGGCCUCUUUGGGAAAGCAGCAUCAGAAGCUCUCCCUUUCUCUUCCUUUCAUCCUCACAACCCAACCAUCACUCUUCUCACAGCUCAACAGCCAACCACCACCGCCAACAACCACCGCCGCCGCCGCCGCCCAGCCACCACCACCUCUUCUCAGCACAAUGGCUGAGAACAUUGACAACUCCCUGCCGGUCGCCGAGGCGACUAUCAACCCCCUCCCCAAGUUGGGGACUCACCUUCCGGUCCGAAAGGACCUUGGAAAGAAGCUGUCUUCUUUCCACCUUUUCAAGCAGCUCCCACAGGAGCUCCAAGAUGAGAUUUGGACCGCCGCCGUCCAAACACCAACCGUCCUCGCCCCUGAGCGAGUAAUUGAAAAAGGGCUUGUCCGUUUCGACAAGCAAGCCGUCUGGUCCUUUCAGGGGACCAAUACGCACAUCCUAUCCCAGGUGUGCAAAGACUCUCGCGAUGUAGUGCUGAAGAACUGUGUCGCUUUCCGGGGUAAGGAGAAUACCCCAAUCACGACCAAGGGGCCGGUCGUAUAUGCGAACAUCAACGCUACGAUGUUCGUCCUCGGCGACGUCGCUGCGGAAGGUCACUCCUUCCACGAAGAUGACGUCGCCCAAAUGAAGUAUGUUACGAUCGAGGGUCGUAACCCUGGCGUCUGUUGGGUUCCGGAGCCCACAGACCUCCAACCUGGGCCAUCGUCAGGGGCUCUGGAGAUCCUUGCCUCACUGGCAAGAGAUCUCAAGGCUGUGUUCGUACACAGCAAAAUAUCGAUCAGCGCCUCCGAGGACCCUGACCGGAUUGCUGAGGAUCUCGAGAUGACCGUCGACACUCCUCAGCCGGCCUUCUUCGUCGACGGCGUUCGACCCCUCAAUGCGGAUUUGUUCGCAUACCUCUCUCGCUUCGUGGGGUACAACGGCCCCGAGAUCAACGAUGAGCGGCGCUGCACCUACGCGCAGCACAAGGAGAGGCUACUCUGCAAAUUUCUCUUUGAGGAAGUCUUCGCCAGCGGCUCCCCGGCGAUUCACUUCAUGCCGCUCUUCUCUCCCUACCGGGAGUACUUCUCCAACGCCGAUGAGGAUCGCCUCAUUGAGCAUGCGUCCUGUCAUCACGAGCUCAAGCCUCGUGAUGAGGUUACCGAGGACGAGGGUGACCAGAUUUGCCGGCCUCCACCGGCCAUGACAGAAACUCGAGCCCUCCUGGCUUCCCGACAGCAGGAGAUGGACGAAUUCGAGGCGGAAAUGAUGGCCGCCUGGCCCGAUGAGUGGCUGUAG